ACCCUUGAACAAGCAUCCAGUCUCCCUUGCAGUGCAACACCACCCUCCUGUCAGCACUACCAUCGUAUUCCACGCCCCUUGGUCUAGCCUCCGUCUCUCUCUCUCUCUCACCCCGUGGCUCCUACCUCGGCUCCUUUGUUCCCUUAUUCGGCGUUGCUCUCGAGCCCUCUCUUUUCGGACAAACAAUCGCCCCUCCCCUUCAACUAGACGGCCAGCCUCUCUACGAUACCCGCUUCUCCGCCUCAUCCAUCCAUACCACCAUUAUACUAACCACUCGACAUGGGCUGUGGUUCUUCAAAAGUAGACAAGGAGCAGGUGGCUCGCAACGAAGAGAUUGAGACCCAGCUCAAGAAAGAUCGUCUGGCCCAAAGGAAUGAGAUCAAGAUGCUCCUCUUGGGAGCCGGAGAGUCGGGCAAGUCCACUAUCCUCAAGCAACUCAAGCUCAUCAACAAUGGAGCCUACACAAACGAGGAGAGGGAGUCGUACAAGGAGAUUAUCUUCUCCAACACCCUUCAGAGCAUGAGGGUCGUGCUGGAUGCCAUGGAGAACCUCGAUAUCCCUCUGAGUGACGGAAACAAUGCCUCUCGAGCAGAGAUCAUCCUGGGGUUGCCGCCUCAGAUUGAAGCAGACUACCUGCCAAAGGACGUGGCUGAUGCCAUCUGGGGACUAUGGCAAGAUAGGGGGGUGAGGCAUUGUGUAGACAGGAGUAGGGAGUAUCAAUUGAACGACAGCGCCAGAUUCUACUUUGACUCGAUCCAACGGAUGGCCGACCCUCGCUACAUCCCCACGGACCAAGACGUGCUGCGUUCCCGAGUCAAGACCACUGGUAUCACAGAGACGCACUUCCAAAUCGGCGACCUCAACUACAAGGUCUUUGACGUGGGAGGCCAGCGCUCGGAGCGUAAAAAGUGGAUCCACUGCUUCGAAAACGUCACUGCCAUCAUCUUCCUCGUAGCCAUUUCAGAAUAUGACCAGCUCCUCUACGAGGAUCAAAACGUCAAUCGAAUGCAAGAAGCGCUCACCCUCUUUGACUCGAUCUGCAACUCGCGGUGGUUCACACGCACUUCCAUCAUCCUCUUCUUGAACAAGAUCGACCUCUUCAAGGAGAAGCUCCCUUACUCGCCCCUCAGCGACUACUUUUCCGAUUUCCAGCCUCCUCAGCAUCCAGACGACAUGUACAAUGCCGCCAGCGAGUACAUCGUGGGCAGAUUUGUCAGUCUGAAUCAGAGCCCGCACAAGACGGUGUAUACACACUUUACCUGCGCAACGGAUACACAACAGAUCAAGUUUGUACUCAGCGCAGUCAAUGACAUUGUCAUUCAAAAUAACCUCAAGGACGCUGGGUUGCUCUAGACGCGGCAGGGUGGAAGUGUAGGAGGGAAGAGUCAGCCGCCAUAGGACAGUGCGUCAGGGCAGGAGGAGAGAUGGGAGGGACGAUGCGGAUGUGGAUGUGGAUGUGAGCAGAGUGGUUGGUAUAGUAGGCAAGGUAGCCAGUCAGGCUGGAUAGAGAGGGAGGGGGAGAGUGGGAGGGAGAGCGAAUGCAUUCCGCUCGUCAGAGCGACGACCUCCUCCCUUACUUGAUUGUUCCACACUUUUUUUCAUGUUUCAGAUCCCACGCCCAUACCCCCAUGAAAGAUGUCCCGUCCAAAGCGACCGAGGACAUCAUUGUUCUCUUCCCACUCUCCUUUCUUCUGAUCUCAUCUCAUCUGAUCUUAUGAAUUGAAAUGUCAUCCUUUCUUUCCUCCU